AUAAGAAAGAUAUACUGUAUCUCUUGUAAGCCUCAAACCUUUUUUUCUUCCUUUCAACAAAGUAUUUUGACCUGUCUUCUAAAAUGAAGUUUUGGAUUCUAUUGCCUCUUUUUUCAGGUGUUGAAACUUGGCUUUCUGGACCAAAGGAAGUGACCAGCUGGACUGGGAAUUCAGUGAAUAUUACAUGUCAAUACAGUGAAAACUACACAGAAGAUGUGAAGUACUGGUGUGAAAAACGGACAUCUUCAUGCAAUGUCUUGGUUAAAAGUGAUGGAUCUGUGAAAUCUUUGCAAGAUCAGAGAAUGUCCAUCAGUGACAACAAAAUGAAAAAGCAGUUCACAGUGUCAGUGAGAAACCUGAGGACAAGUGACUCUGGAUGGUACAAAUGUGGAAUAGAGAUGCAACCCCCAUAUAAGGAUGUGACUUAUCCAGUUCAUCUCACCAUCAGAGGAGCUGAAGGCCACCUGUCAGGCCCAGAGAUGAUGAAAGGAUUGAUGGGAACGUCUGUGACUGUGGAGUGUCCCUAUGAUAAGAGGUACGAGCAGGCAGAGAAGUUCUGGUGUAGGACGUUGAACUCUACAUGCUACCCUCUGGUCAGCACUGACAAUUCUCAGAAACACACGAGGAUGUCAAUUAAAGAUGACAGAUCAGGAAGAAAGAUCACCAUGACAAUGCGCUCCCUCAUGAAGAAUGAUGCAGGCUGGUACCGUUGUGGGAUAAAAGCACUCAACUUUGAUGAGACUCACCCUGUAUAUCUCACUGUGACAGGUGCUGUGCAGAGUUUGGUAGGACCCAAGCGGGUAACUGGAAAGAUUGGGAGCUCUGUGAGCAUUGUGUGUCUUUACAGUGACGGUUACAGAGAUCACAAAAAGUACUGGUGCAAAGAAAACCUAAUUUCAUGCAGUACACUGGUCACAACAAACCAUAACUCAGAAAAAGAGAGAAAAUCUAUAAGUGACAAUAAAUCAUCUAAAGAGUUCACUGUGAUAAUGAAGGAACUAAAGAAAGAGGAUGAGGGACUGUACCAAUGUGGGAUUGAACGUACUUUCCUGAGUGAUGGAUCAUUCCGUGAUGAAACCACUUCAGUAUAUGUCCAGGUCAAAGGUCCUGAAGAUGUGCUGUCUGCACCAGAAGAGAUGAUGGGACAGGAGGGUGCAACUGUGACAAUUGUGUGCAGCUACAAUGAAUUGAGUAAAAGUAAUGUGAAAUACUGGUGCAAGAGGGGCUCUGAAACAUGCAACACUCUAGUGAGAAGUGAUGAGCUGCAAAGCAAACAAAGAAUCACACUUCAUGAUAACACAACAAGACAAGAAUUUAGAGUGACAAUGACGGGUCUUGAGGCAGAUGAUGAAGGCUGGUACAAGUGUGGAAUAAAAAGAACCAUAUUUGAUGACACAAUUCCAGUGUAUGUCACUGUAAAAGAUAUGAAGAAGUUCUUCUCUGGACCACAGGAGGUGAUUGGUUCACUAAAUCAGUCUGUGACUGUUGUGUGCCGCUACGGUCAGGCUUAUAAAAGCUAUGUCAAAUACUGGUGUAAAGGAAACUUCUCAUCGUGUCAUGUCCUGGUGAAUACCACAGGGCUAUGUGAAGACCAGAGGAUAACUAUCAGUGAUAACAUUUCAGCAGGAGAGUUCACUGUAGUGAUAUCCCAUCUCAAAAAGGAAGAUGAAGGAUGGUACCAGUGUGGCGCACAACAUGGCACAGAAUCUCCCGUCAGGGACAGUGUUUAUCUUACUAUCAAAGAUGGUUCAGAAUCUCUGUACGGGCCAUCAUUGGUAACUGGAGUCAUUCAGGAAUUUGUCAUCAUCAAGUGCCACUAUAGUUUGCAGUAUACGUGGAAUAAGAAGUUCUGGUGCAAUUUCAGUGAUUUGUAUACCUAUGUCACUCUGGUAAAGACAGAUGAAACAAAAAGCCAUGACAGAAUCUCCAUCACCGAUGAUCAGACUCAAAGAGCUUUCACAGUUACAAUGACUGGGCUCAGAGAAGAUGACACAGGGCAGUACUACUGUGCAAUUGAGACCGGUGAAGAUAGUACUGAAUAUUUUGGAGUGUAUCUCCAAGUCAAUCAAGGAAAAUCCACGCAAGUAACAACCACAAGCAACACAGUGACCAGUAAGGCUUUGAAUGAACAAAAGCAAACUACAAGUACUUCUGAGAAGUCUAGCACAAACCAUUUGGUGCUGCCAUUUUGUAUAUUUUUUGGAACAUUAGUUCUUCUGCUCCUACUGACCGUAAUUGUCAGAAUUAAAAUAAAUGAAAGAAGAAAAAAAGAAGCCUCAAGAGCAGAGGAUGACACCAGUUGCGGUCUAAAUUACAGCACUGUGGCUUUCCAGAAAAUAGCAGAGUCUUCAGAUGGCAAAGAGAUCUACGCUAAUGUUAAAGCCCCAGAAAAAAGACUAAAGCCUGCCCCUGAAGAUGAGUUUGUGGAAUAUUCAACCAUUGUGCUUCACUGAUAGGAGUGAAUUCUUUUAUACUUACUUGACCAUUUUACAUUUUCAAAUAGAUUUUUGUAAGAUGUCCUAAUAGCACUUGUAUAAUACAUUUCAAACCUGAAAGCUGAUACAAGUAAGCUGGUAAGCUAUAAUCAGAAGAUGGUUCUACUUUUGUAAUAAAUACUAAAACAAAAAAGUGAUACGGUGGUAGAGUACAUUGUUAGAACAGUUCUUUAUGUAGUCUAUUCCUGUAGUGUACAUCUAUGCCUACUGGGUCUACAUUCUGAACAUGUGUGUCUGACACCUCUGGCUAUUUCUAUACACAACACCAUUUGAGGAGACAGUGUUUGUGCAAGUUUAACAUGAACAAAUUGCCCAUUAGGUUAACUAUAAAUGAGUAUAAGUAGUUUGUGAACAUCUUUUGCAUUCACCCAUGGUAUAUAUUUUGAAAUCUUUGUAAUGGAGGUAGAAUCAAAUAAACACUUAACCUCCUUAAAUUCAGAAAUAAGUAAAAAACAGAACUUGAUAUAUGCAAAUCAUUUUUUAACAGUAUGUGGAAAUUGAGCUUUGCUUGAAAUGUACAACAUGUUAAAUUAAAACUUUAAGGUUUUUCUUCUUUGAGAGCUUUGCCUAACAAGUAAGUCUUUUAAAUGUCAAUGGGUCUGUCACAAAAACAACAUCCAGAAAUGAAACUAACACAUAGUACAGUGUGGUGGCUGUUUUUCUGUACAGCACCAUUAUUUAUGACAGUGGUUGCCAAGUUCACGUUCCCAUAUGUAUGCAAGAUUUUGUUCCACCCAGUUUUACAGUUAGUGAGUCUUUUUACCACUGAUCUAUGUCCUCGUUGAUUUUGCUGGUCUUUUUAUUUCUUUUUUUUAAUUGUGCAUUUAGAAGAGAGCCAUUAUGUUAAGAUUUACAGUCAUAAGAAAUUUAUAAAUAUUCAUA